AUGUCAGAGGAUGGAGCGGCGUGGAUGCCUGCGGUUGGUAACGUAGCCACCAUCAUGUGCUUUGCGAUAUGCUUAAUACUUCCCGGUUACACUAGCGAUAUCAACGUACUUGGCGUUAUUCUCUUGAUACACUGUAUGGGAAGAAGUUUGGUACGAUGGAAACACAGGUACGUGUGGAGUUACACCAGUAAACACACAGACGCGUCGCCGAUGCUGACGGCGCCACUUUGCUUUGCAGCAGUGGUGAUAACCGACGUGUUUCAGGCUCGGCUUCUGGGAGUUUUUGGGAUUGUGUACUCUGCGGCUCAGGAUUAG